CCUAUUGCCCAUUUGCUGACAUCCAAAAUACAUUACUACCAGAAACAGCUUUCAGUUACCAAAUUACACGCCCUCUACCAUGCUCCCCUUCCUCGUCCUCCUCCUUCUUCCCAUUUUCACUUCCAAUUCUCAACCCUUUUGUAUUGCUGCUUCGCGUUCAAUCUAUGACAAUUUUGCUACUUGUCUAACAAAAAAUGGAAUCCCAAAUGGCCAGAUUUCGAAGAUCCUUUAUAGUCCAACAAACACUUCAUUCAAUUCUGUAUUACAGGCCUAUGUUAGAAACCUAAGGUUCCACACUUUCAGUACAAAAAAACCAUCCAUAAUUGUCACACCUUUGGAAAUCCCACAUGUUCAAGCAGCAGUUUUAUGCACCAAAGGUACAGGGCUUGAGCUAAAAAUCCGUAGCGGCGGUCAUGAUUAUGAAGGCAUCUCGUAUGUUUCUGAUGUCCCAUUUAUCAUUCUUGACAUGUUUAAUCUGAGGUCCAUCCAUGUUGAUAUCCCAAGUGAAACUGCUUGGGUACAAGCUGGGGCGACAGUCGGGGAACUUUACUAUAGAAUUUGGGAAAAGAGCAAUGCAUAUGGAUUCCCUGCUGGUCUUUGCCCAACUUUAGGCGUUGGUGGGCACAUCAGUGGGGGUGGUUAUGGUGCGAUGUUGCGUAGAUUUGGUCUCUCGGUAGACAAUGUUCUUGAUGCACAGAUUGUUGAUGUUAAAGGCCAGGUUUUGGAUAGAAAGGCGAUGGGGGAAGAUCUUUUCUGGGCCAUCAGGGGUGGUGGUGGUGCCAGUUUUGGUGUUGUUUUGGCAUACAAAAUUAAGCUAGUCCAGGUGCCUGAGAUAGUAACUGUCUUUAAUAUUCAAAGGACUGAGGCAGAGAAUGCAACAGAUAUUCUUGUUAAGUGGCAGAAUGUUGCUGACAAAAUUGACAAUGGUCUCUUCAUAAGAGUUCUUGUCCAACCAAUUACUUCAAAAAGUGGCAAAAGUAAGGGUCAGAAGAUCAUCAGGUUAACAUUCAUUGCAUUGUUUCUGGGAGAUUCAAAGAGUCUUAUGUCUGUGAUGAAUGCUGGAUUCCCUGAACUGGGAUUGAAGAAAAGUGAUUGUAAAGAAGGGAGCUGGAUACAGUCAAUGCUAUUCUGGUCCAAUUUCGACAUUGGGGCAAAACCUGAAGUUCUUCUUAACAGAACUUCUGGUGUCAAUUUCUUGAAGAGAAAAUCAGAUUAUGUCCAAACCCCAAUUCCUAAGGAUGCACUGACUUCAAUCUUCAAGAAAAUGGUUCAGCUAGGAAAACCUGGAUUUGUUUUCAAUCCAUAUGGCGGAAGAAUGAGCGAAAUCCCUGCAAAUGAAACACCAUUUCCUCACAGGGCAGGGAUCAUUUACAAGAUUCAAUACUCAGUGAAUUGGGAAGAUGGAAGCCCCAACAUAACAAAUCAAUACCUCGAGCAAGCACGGGAACUAUACAGUUUCAUGACCCCUUAUGUAUCAAGUAAUCCAAGGCAGGCUUUUCUCAACUAUAGGGAUCUUGAUAUCGGUACAACUGAUAACGGGAAGAACAGUUAUAGUGAAGGAGAAGUUUAUGGGCGCAAAUAUUUCAAAGACAAUUUUGACAGAUUGGUUAAAGUGAAGACUCUGGUAGAUCCUGAAAAUUUCUUCAGGAACGAACAGAGUAUCCCAACUCUGUCCACUAGGUCCUUUCGUAGGAGGAGGCGAGGAAAGUAAGGGUAUAAACUCCAAGUCAUCAAUGGUAUUACAGUUAUGUGAUCUCUUGAUCAUGAUGACCAUAGUUCUUUUGCAGUCAUGACAUUGAAUUGCUGGUUAUGCAGAUGUGAAAUAAAGCAGCUGAUUUCGAUUACGUUUGAUAGAAUAAGAUUGCAACUUGUAAUAGAGUUGUCCAUUGAUUAUGCGGAGGAUUUUGUAUUAUGGUUUUGGAAAACAGUGAAUUUCUUGUGUUGAAUCUCAA